AGUUUGAAUAGCCAUAGCUGCACAGCACAACCCCCUUAGAGUGUUCAUUUGGGUCAUUUUUAUCCCCUUACAAUGGUCAUUUGGGUCCAGUUGGCUUAAAUGAACACUGUAGUUGUUCAUUCAACAGUGUAGGUGUUAAUCCAAAAUUGCAGAUGACUCAAAACCGUAGAUGUAAAUUCAGCUCUAAGGGACUGUGCUGCGUUUGUGUAUGAGAAUGUAUGUCCCCUUCCCAGUGAUUUCCCCUGAGCUGACCUCAAUCUGGCACAUUAGAAGUUAGAAGAGUCAAACAGCAAUGGCAGCAUUUGCAUCCCCAGCGAGGCUGCCAUGCUGACUUUACCGUUCGACGAGACGGCGAUGAUGGACGCGCAGUUCGUGGCGAACUUCCCGCGGGAAUGCGCGGACGGCGGCGCCUUCAAGAAGGACGCGCGAGACAGGCUGAAAGCGCUGGAUGACGACGAAUCGGAGCGGGACGACGACGAGCGGGACGAGGGGCCCGAGGCGGAGGUGGAGGAGGAGGAGGAGGAUGAGGAGGAGGAGGAGGAAGGGGGCGCGGCGCGGCGGCGAGGCCCGCGAAAGAAGAAGACGCUGACCAAAGAGCGCAUGGACCGCGUGAAACUGAGGCGCUUGGAGGCGAACGCGCGCGAGAGGAACCGCAUGCACGGCCUGAACAGCGCGCUGGACAGCCUGCGCAAGGUGGUGCCCUGCUACUCCAAGACGCAGAAGCUGUCCAAGAUCGAGACUCUGCGCCUGGCCAAGAACUACAUCUGGGCACUGUCGGAGAUCCUGAGCACGGGCAAGCGGCCUGACCUGCUGAGCUUCGUCCACACGCUGUGCAAGGGCCUGUCGCAGCCCACCACCAACCUGGUGGCCGGCUGCCUGCAGCUGAAUGCGCGCAGCUUUGUGGGCGAGUCCGGCGCAGACGCGUCCUUCUCGGCCACCAGGUCUCCGUACAACGCCGUGUACGCGGCGUACCACGGUGCAGACGAGGCGGCGGCCGUGGCGGCAGCUGGGGCUGGGGCGCCCCCCAUCGGCGGCCACCACCAUCAUCAUCCUCACCACCACCAUCAUCACCACCACCAAGACGGCGCCAAGGCCUUCAGGCCGUACGGCUACUGCGGCGCGUACGAGGCGUUCUACGACAGUGCGUCGCCCGAGUGCGCUAGCCCGCCGUUUGAGAGCGCUCUCAGCCCGCCGCCCCCACCGCCGCUCAGCUUCAGCGGCAUCUUCUCGCUCAAGCGCGAGGAGGCGGCGGCCGAGUACGCCAAGAGCUGCCACUACAGCGCGCGGAGCUACUGCAGCAGCGGCACCAGCAGCAGUACUGGAGCGAGUGCGCCGCAGCCGCCAGGCCGCUCCGCGCUCGGCAGCAGCGGCGGUGGAAGCACUGGAGGAGGUGGGGGUCACGCGAGGGCCGCUGACCUGCACUUCCCUUACGACCUCCACGUGCGCGGCCAGUUCUAUCCCGUGCAGGACGAAUUAAGCACGACUUUUCAUAACGGAUGAGGGAGGGAAAGGGGGCACGAGCGACCCCUUUCUCUGUCUCUUUGCAUCUCUCAAUGUCUCUCGCUCUUUUUUUUUUCUUUUUUCCAGCAGGGUAAUUACUGAAAAUAACGAACUUAACACGCACAUAUAUUAUUUAAGGUCGUUCUGCAUUAUGGGAGUGUGUUGGGUGUGUGUGUGUGUAUGUGGGAGGGGGGUGUCUCUGGUUGUAGGCCAGCUGAUGUUUUAUGUAUUUGAUUUGAAGGGAAUGGAGCAUUUGCUUGGAGCAAACAUUUUGGCGGUGUGGAAUGCUCUUGAGAGAGAGAGAAAUUAUAUAUAUAUAAUUAUUAUAUUAUAUAUAUAUAAAUACGAUUUUACUGAGUUUCAUGUAACAUUAUGACCCCAGUAAUUAGUCAGUAAUUAAAAUACUACAAUCUUGAUGUCAGUAGAAGGCAUAGCAAAAGACAGUGUUAAUGUAAACUGGGACGUAAACAUUUAUUCCAGCCUUAAUUAUCUGCAUUAUUCCACCCUGAUUGUCUGGUAUUUAAACCUGAGUAUCCUGCAAUAAGGUCCGUCCACUCUCCAUCGCGUUUAUACGAACUUAAAGCAAGGCAAAGUCGUCCGUGUGGCCCAGAAUAACGUAACACAAUUCAUUUUGCAAGGUGAAAAUGAAAUCAGAAGAAAAAGAAAUCGAAUACAAGACAGCAAUAAAUGCCAAGGGAGCUAUGCAACACAUGUCGUCCUUUUGCGAGUGAGAAGCUAUGAUAACUCCAUCAGGCCCUGCUUCUCUCUCCUUAAGUGGUCCAACGUCACAUUAUCCUUUUACUAAUGACACUGGACAGUGGGGUCACACUGCUGACAGCUUCACACGCGUGUAUAUAAGUAUAUCUAUAAAUAUGUAUUUGGAUUCCAGAGUUUUAUUUUACUGAUCUUGAUGCUGAAUAUGGUGCCAUGUUCACCGUGUCCGCUCAUCGUUUCAUGUUUGACGUGAAAAUGAGGGAAUGGCUGAACGCCUGAAUCGACAAUACUCGAAAUCUUUAAGCAUUCACUGAAACAUAUAGGAAUAUAUUUAUCCCUCAAAGACAGCUAUUCGUCCAGAAAUAUAAAUUAUGUUCCUAAAUGUACGUGUUUGACUGUAUUUCUUUGACCUUGAGAAUUUGGAUAGUGGACAAUCUAAUUUCCUGCUGGUGUUGUGAUAAAAAUUUCGCACUUCAGAGUUUUAUACCUACAGUCUGUGCACAGAAAAACUAAAAACUAAAAGAGAGAAAAAAAGUGCGCGCACAACUUUAUGAAAUGAAGGAUGAUUUGGAAAGUUUACAGUUCGUUAAUGUACCUACAUUAUGCAACAGUUUGUUUGGUCUGUUUAUGCAUCUUUUAAUUGACUGAUUUGUUUGUAUUAUUUAUUUGUGUUGUACAGUCAGUUGAUAUGAUGUUGGAGAUUUUGCGCAGAGCCUUGAAACAAUCAUGUCUACAAAUUUCUUUUUUUUAACUCCAAACUGAAGCAUGUAAAAAUCCUCCUCGGUGGAAAGGUGUGUGUGUCAUGUACAGUGAGCUCAUGCCAUGGGAAAUCCUUUUGCCUUAAUGAUGUAUCUGGCGCCCAUCAGUUAUGCAAUGUAAUGGAUGUCUUCAGUGGUGGACUCGUAAAGCACUGUACAUUAUGGAAGGCACUGAAACUGGUCUCGUGCAGAUUUGUACACUGUCAUUAAGUUGUUUUGUAAAGCAAAAUAAAUAUCAAUUGAAUACUGAAA